UCAGUCAGUGUUGCAGCCGAGCAAAUGUAGUCGCAGCAAACAUUUCAGCAGCCAGACCCGCGUCUUUCUCUCCGCGGCGGCAACACGUUUUUUACAUGCUUCGAUUUAGCUAGCGAAAACGCGCUUUUUUCCUCAUUCCUAUUUCAAUUCUAGGCAAUACUGAUUGUAUAUCCGAUUAACAACACGUUUUGUGGAAAAUAACCAUACAGUAUACAUUUUAAACGACAUUAAUUUAGGAGAAGACAUCUGAAUCCGACUGGACUAUAACAAGUCCACAGAGAGACAACAAGCAAGGACAUGCAGCAGAGAGGUCAGUGAAGAGGAUGACAACAGAAGAACAGACGACAGCGAAGGAGGGAUGAGAAAGAGACUGAAAUAAGAGGCGGAAGUGGAACUCCAAAGUGCCUACUGCGAGGGGUCGUGUGCUGCUGGAUGAGCGCAGGACGGGGCUCAGUGUGUGCUUGGCCUUGAAUGGAGGCUGUAUUUUAUCCUGACAGCCACAGAGUCAUCCAUCCCACGUUACUGAGCUGCAGUCCCCACAUACCUUGAGCUGAAACGCCUUCUCGUCUCAUCACUGCAAGGACACCAUCCCCAUAUGGUUCUGCUUUUUGUUUCUGUCCCACAGAAAUCUUCUUUCUCGGGCUACUCUGACACAACCACAGUGACUGCCCCGACCCUGGCCAUGUUGACGUGAAUUCAACAAUGACAUACGGUGGGUGUCAGUCCAUUCAGGUGAAGGCACAGAUGCUCUGUGUGCAACAGUGAUAGCUAGCGGUAGCUUCUGCUUUUCCCUUUUUUUUUGCUCUUUGAGACGGAGCUGGCCUCUGCUCACAGUUUGCCCCCUUUUAUCUUGAACUUCAGCUGCCACUUUUCCCAGGAAGAACUAAUAAACAUCCCCUAAAAUUCUCCACCCGAGAGGACUUGCUGCCUGUUUAAGCUGAGGAAAGGCAGAACAUUCUUUUAGCUUCUGUUUCUGUUUUGCUGGGGAUUUUUUUUUCUCUUGCAUCAGUAUUAGUCACCCCUGCUCUCGCCAGACAGUUGUGCCCUCGCCACUGUUUGUUUGUGAGCUACUCUGAUGGCUGUCAACAUGACUAUGGGACGGGACACCAAAUGGCUGACCCUGGAAGUGUGUCGUGAGUUUCAGAGAGGCACCUGCUCGCGAUCUGAUGCCGAGUGCAAGUUUGCUCACCCCGCCCGGAGCUGCCAUGUGGAGAAUGGCCGAGUCAUCGCCUGCUUUGACUCACUCAAGGGGCGCUGCACCCGUGAGAACUGUAAAUAUCUGCAUCCACCGCCGCACCUGAAAACGCAGCUGGAGAUUAACGGGAGGAACAACCUGAUCCAGCAGAAGGCCGCGGCGGCCAUGUUGGCUCAACAGAUGCAGUUCAUGAUGCCUGGAGCCCAGCUGCAGCCCAUAGUCUCUGCGCUGAUGUCCCUCCCUCAGACAACAUUCCCGAUGACGCCCUCUCUGGGAACGUGUCCCAGUAUGGCCUUCAGUCCCUAUCUGAGCCACAUGGGCCACGGCAUGAGCCUGAUGCCAGAGAUGCUGACCAGCGCCCCCCUGCUGGUCCCUGGGAGCCCCACCGGCCUGGCUGCCAUGGGCAACGGCACCUCCGCUCAGAAACAUUUGCGCACGGACAAGCUGGAGGUUUGUCGAGAGUUCCAGCGCGGUAACUGCACGCGGGGCGAGAGCGACUGCCGCUACGCUCACCCUCUGGAGGCCGGCAUGGUGGACUGCAGCGAGAACUCGGUCAUCGUCUGCAUGGACUACAUCAAAGGCCGCUGCAGCCGAGACAAGUGCAAGUACUUCCACCCCCCGGCUCACCUGCAGGCCCGGAUCAAGGCUGCGCAGCACCAAGCCAGCCACAACACAGCGGGCGCAGGCCUGAUGAGUCCUCUAUCUUUCCAGGUUCUCCCUCCGGGUGGCAUGCAGCAGCUUCCAAAGAGGCAGAUGUUAGAGAAGAGCAACGGAGCCACCGCCGUUUUUAACCCCAGCAUGUUCCACUACCAGCAAGCCCUGGCUAACAUGCAGCUGCAGCAGCAAACCUUCAUCCCCACCAUUCCCAUGAUGCACGGUGCCACCUCAACUGUUUCGUCGGCUUCGACCCCAGUCACCAAUGUUUUCGCUGAAUCUGCCGCCUUGAAUCAGUAGACGCCUCCGAGCUCCUGACUCCGGAUCCAGUGGAGCUCCAGUGCGUUCCCAUGGAAACCCAUUUCUGUCCCGUCCCCAAACUGCUGAUGGCGGCUCCGGUGGCGCUAAACUCAGUAAGCCUUUCCCGAAACCCCAGUUAAAGUCCCAAACCUGUGCACUACCAGGGCGGCCAUCUUUCCUGAAUGCAGCAAACAUGUGCCUCUCCUACAGAGUGAGAAACGUCUUAUUGUGAACGUCAGAAAGCUGCGAAUGUUGACGCAAUACAAGCCUGGACGUGAUACUGUUGUACACUGACUCGAUCAGGCUGAGCAAUAGAGCUCCCUCGUUCUUACAGCCAUACACAUACACACCUUAAAAGUGCAACACACACACACACACGCACGCACACGCGCGCACACACACACACACACAAACACACACAUGGGUUGGAGCCAUCAAAUGAGGCGACCCCUGACUCUGACUGUCCCAAAGUCAAAAACUUUAAAAAGCUUAUUCUGGAAAUGAAAGUGACAAAUGGACCUGCCGCUGGUCUAAAUCCAGAGAGUGUUGUCAAAAUGAAAGAGUGUUUCAUAUCAUAUCAUGUUUACGUUUCAAGAUGGCUACACAUGUGACGUUUGUGUUGUAUCAUGUUUCAUUUAGUUCUCAUCUCGCCUGAAGGAACACCAAAUUGUUGUUCAUUUGUUGUGCCUUUGAUUUAUCUGCUCAGCUGCAGAGGAGACUUAGAUCCAACAUACAUUGAAAGGUAUCGCAAAUGAAGACAAUUACAGUGGUUACAAUACGUAUCAACCUAUAGCAAGAAAAUGUAAGGGAAUUAUAUUAAUUGCAACUUUAAAUUCAUAUUGUUUAUGAUCAAUAAGUAUGAUUUGUAUCCCCCUGGUUUCACAGUCAGUAUCUGGUACUAACUGUAUAACAGCUGCAAAUGAGGCUUUACUCUUAAUGCAAAGUAACCUUAAAAAAAACACAAGAUUUGACAUUUUAAUAGGAGGCAAUCACUUCGAUACUCAAGGAGCUGAUUGGGAGAUAUUUAAGAUUAUGGCUCUUCAUUUCUUGAUCUAAGAACAAACUGCCUUAAAAGCAGAUGAGGUUUUUAAAACGGUUUUUAUUAAGUGCUGCAGUAUCUUCAGUCGUGACUGUGAUGGGUAAUUGUUUAAUAACUGAAAGGGAAGCUUUGUUUGGCCCGCUUUCCUCCAUGGUUUGAUCUCAAACAUGGUUUAAAAGAAUGACAAUCUGCAGCCAGUGAGUCUCAGACACAACCCCAGAUUUCCUGUGUCAAACUCGCAUGAAAUCAGAGUAUGUAAGACAAAAGCAUACAUCUAAGGUUAAAGACUGGUAUAAUUGGCACUUCUUUGUAAACUUUCAAACCUGAUGUGAGAGUUAUUGCACAAGAUGGGAGCUGGAUUUGUUUCCUGAUGUUGUGCCUAAAUGAUGUGUGCCAAGUGGUGGUUGAGCUGCCCCCAUUUAGUGCAAUACCUGCGUAAUUGCUCUAAAUGAAUGUUUCCCUCUCUAACUCACUUCAGGGAGAAAGCUUAGAACUUGAAAAUGUCCUGUCUCACUUUAUAAAUGUCGUCUUUUCUA